UCCUCGCAGUUCGCCAUGCUGCAAGUGCUGUGCCAUCGCAAGCAGCGCACGCAUCUAAGUCGCGGCCACAACAACUGGGAGCAGCUGAUCAGCAAUAUCUCACAGCAGUGCGGCGCCAUGGUCAUCGGCUGUCGCUUUGGUGCCGUCGACUACCAUUGCGAACGCAUGUUCCAGCCGAUCAUCACCGAUGAGGGUCUCUGCUGUGUCUUCAACAUGCUCCAUCCACGCUUCAUGUACAAGCACCAUGUGCCGCUGACGCUGCGCAAUGUGAGUGUAUCGAAGGGCUACCGGGCAGUCAACUGGCAUGCGGAGCUCGGUUACAGUCGCAGCUUGAAGAAUGAUUACUAUCCACGCGCCUCGCUGGGCACUGGCGAAUCGCUGGGCAUGUCGCUGAUGCUGAACGUUGAGGCUGAUGCGUACUACUGUUCGUCCAGCAAUAGCAUUGGCUUCAAGAUCGCCCUGCACAGUCCCAACGAGUCGCCGAAUGUGCGCGAGACGGGCGUCUUGCUAGCACCGGGACUGGAGACGAAGCUGCGCAUCGAGCCGGCGAAAAUAAUGACGGAACUGAGUCUGAGGCAUGUGCAUCGCAAGUACAGGCACUGCCUCUUCCAGAACGAGGGCAAUCUCAGCUACUUUGCCCACUACACGCAGCGCAACUGCGAAAUGGAGUGCAUGUCGCGGCUGCUGUUGCAACGCUGCGGCUGCAUUGCGUUCUAUAUGCCACGCAUCAAUGGCAACGACACCGUCUGCAGCAUACGGGAGGCGCAGUGCGUGGAGAGCGUGCGGCUGCACACGAUUGGCCUCGUGGUCGAGUCCUGCCUGGAUAACUGUCUGCCCAGCUGCUUCGAUCUCAACUACAAUGCGAUCACCUCUGCCACCAAAAUCUCCUACAACGACUUUCGCAUCGCCAACGCCCAGGUGCGCAACCUUAGCAAGGCCUACGUGGAGCGCAACAUAGCCAUCGUCAAUUUGUACUACAAGGAGCACACGUUCCGUGCCAACAAACAGACCGAGUUCAUCGGCAUAUCCGAUUUUUUGUCCAACGUUGGCGGUUUAAUGGGCCUGUUUCUGGGCUUCAGUUUUCUGUCGAUAGCCGAAUGCGUGUAUUUUGCCCUCAUUCGUCCGUGCCGCAUUUGUGCACAGUUGCGCCGACAGCGCUCGGUAUCGACCUUAGAGCUAGGCAGAGGCAGAGUGACACCGCCAGUUGUAGUUCCAAUUAAAAGAACCAAAGCGCACGUAAGUGCGAUGAUGCCACAGCAGCAGUGGCAGCGACAGAGACAGCGGCAACAACGCAUUUCACCAGCCAACUGGUUCAAAACGGAGCUUGGCCAGCAAUACAGUUUGGCUUAAACGCACUUCAAAUACCAAAAUUUGUUGGCCUCUCGUGAGCCAUCGUAAAAUGUUUCGCUUCCUUCUUCACUUCAUCGUCGAAAAUCUAA